AUGAAUGUUCAAGUUGAAAAUUCAAAGAUAGAGGCUAUAAUUUAAUGGUCAAAAGAAUUGUUUAGUUUAGAAGGACAAGUUAAACGAUUUACUGCAGGUUGAGAGCAAUUAUAAAUUAGAAAUGAAUGAAGUCGUAUCAUUAUGUACCAAAGAGAAAUAUGAAUUAAAUUUUGUUUAAAAUACUAAAUCAAAAAGAUGGAUAGAAUUAGAUGUAAUAAAUGAUUAUUAACAUAUAUAUAUAUAGAUUGGAAUCAAAUAAAAAGUAGAAGUUUAUGCAAAUAAUGAAUUAUAAAAUAUAGAUUUGAUUGUUUUUACAAUAUAAAUUGGUGCUCAAUAUCCAGUAAAGGAUGUUAGAAUAGUUUGUAAAACUACUGUAAUUCUUAUUAUUAAUGUAAGUUCGUUAGACCUACAUUGGCAGAUGGCAGAAACUUAAUAGCUGAUGUAUUAUUGUAGCCAUGGAAUUACAAAUUAUCUUUAGUUUCAAUAAUUAAAUAGAUUCCAUCAUUUUUAGUAUUCCACUUAAUAAUAUGAUUUAUAGGAUAGAGUAUUAUUGAAUAGAUUUGAUAAAAUUUAUCUUUAAAAUAUAGGUCAAUAUUAUUUAGGUAGUUCAUAUUCAAUAGAUGAAUUAAAGGAUUAUCCAGAUUUAGCCAGAUUUCCAACAAUUUAAUAAUAGAAUGCUUUUUUCUAAAAUAUUUAAGUGAGGUUAGAAAAUAUUAAUAAAUAAUUAGAUUAAUUGGAUUGAGUGAUGCUCAUUUUUAUUUAUUUGAAAUGAUAGAUGGAAAGGAUGAUUAUGUAAGAUUGAUAUUCAGAGCUCCACUUUAGAGUUGUGUAUAAUUAAAAAGAAAGAAAGAGAAUAGCACAUAAUUAUCAAUAAGUUGGAAGAAUUAUAAAAAUAAAUAAGAAGAAUAAUAAACAUUUACUAUAAAUGAAUAUGAUAAAUUUAUCAGAUUAUUUUUAAGAAGAUUGAAUUAAUAUCAACAUGUUAGAAUGACAUCUAAUUCUUAUAUGGUAUUUGGUGAUUAAUAAUUGGCAGAGAAAUAAAAAAUCAAUUCAAUUAUGAAAAAUCUAAAUUAAUUAGAAAAUGAAAUUGAUAAGAAAUUUAAUUAAUAGACAAUUAAUAAACUUAUGGAUUUAUAUCAAUAAGUAAUAGCUGAUAUAAAACUAGGCAAUUGAAUUUUAUUCAUCUGCAAGUGAUUAUUUAUAUGAGAUCUAUUUGAAUAAAUUACAGACAUUGAUACAGAGAUAAGAUGUAUAAGUUAUUUUAUAAUAUAAAUGA